AUGGACUCUAAAAUGGAACCUCAAGUAAGCUCAAGAAUGAAGAAAAUUCUUCUAAUCAUCAACUCUAUAUUUCUAGCUGUAGGAACCUGUGGUGCCCCUUUGAUCAUGCGCCUCUACUUCAUCAAAGGAGGCAAAAGAAUUUGGUUAUCAUGCUGGCUACAAACUGUUGCUUGGCCAAUCAAUUUCAUCCCUUUAGUCAUUUCCUACUUGUAUCGUCGCAAAAAUAAUAAUAAUAAUAGCAGCAAGCUCAUUCUCAUGACUCCCCGGAUUUUCAUGGCCACUAUAGGGAUUGGAAUCCUACAAGGAUGUGUGAACUAUUCCUACGCUUAUGGCUUAGCCAAAUUACCCGUUUCCACUAGCGGACUUCUCAGUUCUACUCAACUUGUUUUCACUGCCUUCUUUGCCUUCAUUAUUGUGAGGCUGAAGUUCACUUCUUAUUCCGUCAACUCCGUUUUUUUAUUAACGAUUGGUGCAGUGGUUUUGGCCCUACACUCCGGUAGUGAUCGACCGGAGGGAGAGUCGAAGAAACUCUAUAUAUUAGGGUUUAUUAUGACCCUGGCAGCUGCUGCAUUGGCUGGCCUUAUUUUUCCUUUGGUAGAGUUGAUAUACAAAAAGGCACAACAAGCAAUCACUUACACAUUUGUAUUGGAGUUUCAGAUUGUAUAUUGCUUUGUUGCUACUCUCUUUUCAACAAUUGGGAUGAUCAUUAACAACGAUUUUCAGGCAAUUUCAGGUGAGGCAAAAACAUUUGAACUUGGAGAAGGUAGAUAUUAUGUUGUGAUAAUAUUGAGUGCAAUAAUUUGGCAAUUCUACUCCUUAGGGUCCAUUGGAGUCAUCUAUUCUGCUUCUUCUUUGGUAUGUGGCAUUUUGAUAUCAGUUCUACUUCCUCUCACCGAAGUUUUAGCUGUUAUCCUUUACCGCGAAAAUUUCAGUGCAGAGAAAGGGAUUUCUCUUGCCCUUUCUCUAUGGGGAUUUGUUUCAUAUUUUUAUGGUGAUUAUAAAGCGAACAACAAGAGAAAGAAUAAUCAAUCUCCAGAAAUUGAGACGAUUGAUAAAAUUAAUUGUACCCCGUGAUUGAAAAGGCUUCUUAAUUAUAUAUAAUUACAUACCAAGAUUAAUAUAUAUACAAACUUUGUUGUGAAUAUAUUAUAGUAAUGUGUAUGUUUGUAAUAUCAAGGUGUAAUUUUAU